UAUAGAAAAAUGCCAUUGUUAUUUCUUUCCAAAUAAUAUGUCGAGAAAAAUAUAAAAUUAAUAUGAAAACAGAAUAAAUUUUCAUUAUUUUUGUAUUUUAUAUAAAUUUUUAAAUGAAUCUAAACAUUUCACGGCGAAUGGGCCUUUGAAUUACGUGUCCACCAACAGAUCCAAAGCCCACACAUAUCUUUUCUCCAAGCAGCCACCGGCUUUCUCCUCCGGACGUCGGCGUUCCGAUUCUUUCUGUCCGUGGAACCACCUCCGGCAAACGCCGACGAUGACUCCUCCACCGACUGCCGACAGGUCCUCGAUGAGAAGACGGAGUGAUGUUGAUGCAAAACCAGUUCACUCCCUAAGCCACGACAUCUUGUGCAUAAUUUUCUCGUUUCUUGACCUUUUCGACUUGGUUCGAUGCUUAGCUGUUUGUAAAUCCUGGAAUUAUGCUAUUUAUAAAUCAGAGAUAUUGCGAACGUUUUGCUUGAGGUAUCAGAAGCAGGAGAUGAACUCCGCUAGUACUUCAGAAGUUUCAUUUUCUUUGGAGAAACCUUUACUGGAAUGUUUAGAGGAAAUAGCGAUGGAAAGGCAUAAGUUGGCCUUGGAGAAAGGCCGUAUUAGAGUUUCUCAAUGGAUUGGCCAUUCAGUGAGGGCUGAACAAUGCCGAAUGAAGAUGGGCUUAAUUCUGACAGGAGUGGGCGAUAAAGUUAUGAGACUUUGGUCGCCAGAGAACUUUAGAUGUCUAGAAGAAUAUUCAAUUCCUGAGAAAGUGCCAUUAAUCGACUUUGAUUUUGACGUAGGCAAGAUUGUUGGUUUGGUUGGCAAACAGUUGUGCAUAUGGAGUCGUAGUGGGAAAAGAAGUAUAUUUCCUUCACGUGAAUGUACUUUUGAGAAGGGUUUGUGUAUGCGUUACUUUGAUGCGGAGGCAGUUGUGGGUUGUGAAGAUGGGACAGCUCAUGUAUUUGACAUGUACAGUAGGAGAUGCUCUAGAAUUAUCAGGAUGCUUCCUGGACCAGUGACAUGCUUAUGUGUGAAUGAUGAUCAGCUCAUGUUUGGUGGUUCUCUGCUUGGGAACAUUGGAGUAUCAGGUCUUCGGUCUGAUCAGCGGGUAGUAAUGCUUAGAUCAAGAAAUACCGUAGGUAUAAGGACUUUAUGUUACAACGAUUCUUCACGUUUAGUGUUUGCGGGAUCAACUGCCGGUCAUGUCUAUUGUUGGGACCUCAGGACUAUGAAAUCCUUAUGGGAAUCCCGAGUGAGCCCCAACGUCAUAUAUUCUUUGCAACAUCUCCAAAAUGACAGGUCAAGUUUGGCCGUUGGUGGAAUAGAUGGAAUUCUACGUAUUUUGGAUCAGAAUACGGGAACCGUGCGGUCGUGUUGUAUGAUGGAUAGUAGAUUGUUAUCGACGCAUCAAAACGGUCUCGGAACUGUCGAAGAAAGGAGAGGGAAAAGACUGUCAGAUGAGACGCCUAUUGAUGCAAUAGACAGAAGGAAUAGGCCUUCGAUCACAAGCUUGGCUGUUGGAAUGAAAAAAAUAGUCACAACGCACAAUGAUAAGUUCAUUAGAUUGUGGAAGUUUCAAAGCUAAUUUUACUUCCUAUGCUCUUUAUUUAAAUUGUACAUAUUUGCAUAUUGUUGUAUGAUGACUAAUUUCAAAUUUUGAUCAGAUAGAAUUUCUGCUUUCAGGUAAAUUUUAUAGAUUUCAAAAAACCGGUUUAUCCAUUA